AUGCCGGGUGAUGUUCUGCUCUUAGCCGAUGUUGCCUUGGCCAGCCCUGGCACAACGCCGUUCCUCGCGCUUCUCUGUGCUACCUCUGCCCUCUCCCAGGGUGUCACCAAGCUGGCCUUUGAGAGGGGGAAGAAGCUGAGGGAGGUCCUCAGGGAAAAUGGUUUGCUGCACCGCUUGGACUCGAUGAUCCAAGAGGUCUUUUCCAACCUGGUGAUUCUACGAUUCCAGCAUCACCACUAUGACAUUGGCAUCAAAUUCCCACCUUUUCCCAAUAGGACCAAAGUGGUCACCGAGUCCCUGCUGAACACCCUCGAUAUGGGGUACUACAGGACUGUCUCCGUCGGCAUCCCACCAUAGGACUUCGCUGUGGUCUUUGACACCAUCUCCUCCAACCUCUGGGUUCCUUCCGUCUCCUGUACCAGCCUGGCUUGCUAAAACCAUCAGAGAUUUAACCCAUCACAGUCCUCCACCUACUAAAGCACAGGGCAGAACUUAUCUAUUUUGUAUGGCACCGGCGACUUGGAGGGCAUCGUGGGCUCCGACACUCUCACUAUUGCAUCUCUGGUGGACACCAACCAUCUUUUUGGCUUGAGCACCACCGAGCCUGGACAGUUUUUAGUCCAUGUCAAAUUUGAUGGGAUCCUGGGCUUGGGCUACCCAAAUCUGGCUGCUGAUUGGAUCAUGCCAGUCUUUGAUAACACGGUGAGUGAGAGCUUGCUGGAGGAGACCCUUUUUCCAGUCUAUCUGUCCCAGGAACCACCAGGGAGUGUGGUCACGUUUAGGGGAAUCAAUGAGUCUUAUUUCACUGUCCCUAUCAACUGGAUCUCCGUCUCUUGUCAAGGUUACUGGCAGACGUCUACAGACAGGUAA